UUCAGCGUGUGUGUGCGCGCGGCUGCUUCCUGGCACAAGCUCGCGCGCGCUUGCAUGUGGAGCGGUGAGGCUGCUGCGCAUUUUCUUUCCAUGAGCGUCAAGCAAAAGGGAAAAAGAAGACUGCAUCUUUUACGCACUUUGAAAGCUUGCUCGACGUGACGUCAUUGCGCAUCUUGCGCUAGUUUUUGCACCAUACGUCAGUUUCAGUUUGGAUGAAAAACAACAAGGCACGUCUCUUUCACCGGUCAUCGCCUCAGUCUCCCUGCUAAAGGCUGACUGGUGGGAACUUUUUGCUUUUUUCGUGGGAACUUUUUGUCCACUCUCUUUUUGUCCACUCUCCUUUGGCUUUUUGACAUCUCUUGAUUCCCACUUGUCUUGACUUUGCUUGAAAGUGGAUCACGACCGGUCAGAUCCUGUUCGGCCCGGCGUCUUCUUGUUGUACCCCCCCAGCGAUCAGGAUGCGGCGGGACCCGGUCAUGCCGCAGUGAAGGCGAGACGACGGCAUCGCUUGGGAGCAGGUAGCGCGGAGGAGGGAAAAGGGGUGCCAUGGCCGACCCCGUCCUAUCUGGCCUGAUCACCAGGCACUACAACUACACGGGCAAGCUCCGGCCGCGAGACGGUGCCUCGGGCCUGAAGGCCGACUCGGCGGUCUUUCUGGCGGUGUGCUGCCUGAUUGUCCUGGAGAACCUACUGGUCCUGGCCACCAUCUGGAGGACUAAGAAGUUCCACAAGCCCAUGUUCUACUUCCUGGGCAACCUGGCGCUGUCGGACCUCCUGGCAGGCAUGGUGUACGGCGCCAACAUCCUGCUGUCGGGCGCCAACACCUACCGGCUGACGCCCACCCAGUGGUUCCUGCGCGAGGGCUCCGUGUUUGUGGCGCUGGCGGCGUCCGUCUUCAGCUUGCUGGCCAUCGCCGUGGAGCGCCACCUCACCAUGGUGAAAAUGAAAGUUCACGGCGGGGGUGGGCGCGCCAGCCGUGUCUUCCCGCUCAUCAGCGCCGUGUGGAUGGUGGCGGGCGUGCUGGGCAGCCUGCCCCUGAUGGGCUGGAACUGCAUCGGGCGGCUGGAGUGCUGCUCCACCGUGCUGCCGCUCUAUCACAAGACCUACAUCCUCUUCUGCACCAGUGUCUUCAGCGUCAUCCUGAUGGCCAUUGUGGCGCUAUACGCCCGCAUCUACGCCCUGGUGCGCAGGCGCCACAGCCGCCGGCUGGCCUCACGCUCCAUGGCGCUGCUGCGGACGGUGGUGGUGGUGCUGAGCUGCUUCAUCGCCUGCUGGGCACCACUCUUUGUGCUGCUGCUGCUGGAUGCUGCUUGCCGCGUGCACGGCUGCGCCGUCCUCUACCAGGCCGAGUGGUUCCUGGCCCUGGCCGUCCUCAACUCGGCCACCAACCCGCUCAUCUACACGCUGACCAGCAACGAGAUGCGCCGCGCCUUUCUGCAGACGCUGCUGUGCGGAUCAGCCCGCCUGCACGCUGCUGCCGAGUUCGGCCUCAGCCGCUCGGAGAACUCCCCGCGCCCUGACGGCGAGGAGGUGCCACCGCCGAUCCAGCCCACCCUGUCCUCCAGCUGAAAGGUCGGGGUACGUUGGGGGAAGGCUGCCUUGGCCCAAGCUUGGCCGCCCUUGGCCUCCGCGUCCGGUCCCAACCUGCCGGCACCUGGACCCGGUCUGACCUCUUUUCCGCCUCCCUGAGCAAUUUGACCUCUGCCUUCCCUCCGACCACAUGGGAGUUUGUCCCGUUAGUCCGCAGAACCACUUUUCGCCUUUAGAUAAGUCACUCCAACACUUUGAGAAUGUUUUUCAACUUUGUGAGCCAUUCGUCAUCUUGCACACCUUUUGGCACAUCUUGUUACGCAACUCAUUUUGUCAAUGUGGUUUUCUCAGUGUCUUGAAGCGUUUGACGCUUCGCUUGAAGUCACUCAACUUUUCCAAGUCCUUAUAUUAUGUAAUUGGAGCGUUCCAAUGGUAACCUGCUGUCAUCUCCGGGGACGUGUUGACUGAUCGUCUCCGUAAUCUCAUUAGCACUUAAUAAAAAACUCAAAUAGAAAACUA